AUUUAUUAAGAAAUAAUCCAACUGGUCCAUAUAAUCUUUUAGGCUCUUCAUUUGGUGGAAUUGUGGCAUAUGAGAUGGGAUGCAAAUUGAUUAAACAAGGAAAAUCCGUAAAUUUAAUUAUGAUUGAUACGCCAGUUGGUCAAGAUCUUCCAAAGUCAAUACCAACAAGUGUCGCAGAAAUAUUACAUUAUAUUUACUCUAAAACAUAUAAUUUAGAUGAAUUAAUAGGAAUGGAUGAUGAUGACGAGAAAGCAUUGCGAAUAGUUAUUGAAAAGGCAUCAACAUUAAAUCAAGAAAGUUCUAUGAUAACGUCAAUGAUGUUAAAAAGAAUUGUUGAUAUAUUUAAUUUUAACGUAAAAGCAAUGAUAACAUAUCAAUUAUCAAGAUCAGAAAGACCAAUACCAAUCAUAUAUUUCAAAGCAAAGAUAAGAAGAAAAGAUAUAGACCCUGAAUUCCCAGAAAAAUCUUGGAUUGAAAUACAAGAGAUUAAUGGAGGAAAGUUAGAUUGUAUUGAAUUAGAUGGUGAUCAUAUAAGUGUAAAUUUACAUCCAGUAUGUAAAAAUAUUACUGAUUAUAUCAAACAGAAUUUAAACCUAAAUAUUCUCGAUACGCUGAAAGAAAAUGUGAUGAAUUAG